CUCUGUUCUUUCCAGAUAUUUUGCAGGAGAGGGGAAUUGAUAAUGUCUUCAGAACCUGGAGCUAACAAACGGCAUCAUAACCCAGUGGACAGUAUAUGCAGAAAGAUCAAAUCUAUCCAAAUGAUGGACCACGUCUCUAACCCUGCUUUGCAGAUACCAAAGUUUCAGUCCCAAAACUUUGACAGUCCACAGAGCAAUGUCAAAAAAAACCUAGAAGAACUACUGAAGAAAAGAACUUUCAGAAGUCAUGACAGUCCUGAUCUGCACUUAAUCAGUCCCAGCUGUGACAGCAUUUUCUCUGCAGACCUGCAGUUGCUGUCACCUUGUCUUGAUCACAUGUCUGACUCCAGUCCUAUAAAUGCUACAUAUUCAAUCAUUAAAAGAAAAGAGAGAUCCAGCAGCUCAUGGAUGCCAGUAUGUGCCAUUGAGAGCUCUUCUCCAUCCUACUUCAGAUCCAGAGAGGCCAAUACUCAAAACAAGCUGUCUGCUUUAUCAAAUAUUGAAUCUAAAGAUGUGCCUCAUGAGCAGAAGUAUCUCACAUCAAGUCCAAAUGUAUAUUACUUUACACCUGAUAAAAAGUCAGAAAAUGCUGUGAAACGAUCUCCUGUGCCAAAGAAGUCAUCUUUGAGUGAAAGAGGAUGGAAGCAGUCACUGGAGUACAAAACGGACACCACGCAUGAUGCGAGUUUGUUUUGUGAAGAAGACCUACUGACGACCAUUUUCUAUGCGUGUGACGUAGACCAAACAGGAAAAGUUGCAGUUUCCAAGAUAGUUGAUUAUUUGAGACAUACAACCAGUCGGGGGUUGGAAGAUAGUGGCCUUGAAGAGCUGUGCAACAUGCUUGACCCAGAUCAGAAAGACAUCUCCAUGGACCUGGAAACAUAUCAUGCCAUCAUGAAAGAGUGGAUUGAGGACUGUAAGAGUAAAUGGGAAGAUGGUGCCACUGAGGAACUAGCAGCAGGCAUGGAAGACCCGGAAUCCAAAGUGUAUAAAACCACCCCUGAAGCAAAAAAGACAACUGUCCGGAUGAAUGUUACAUCGGGAAGCUUGGAGGCCUUUGGAGGUGAUGUGUCUAGAGGAGACAUGGAGACUUCUGACUUGAUAAUCUGUGUUGCGGACCUGCAAUACAACAACCAGAAGCUUCAGGAGGAGAACAGUAAGCUGAAGCUCACACUGGAAGCUGUGGAUGAGACCAACAAUAAGCUAUUGGCAGAUAAUGAGGAUCUACGUCAACAAAUAAAAAGCAUCCAGCAUUCCGUGCUGAAAGCCAAAUCACUGGAAGAAGAACUAGAAGAAACAAAAAACAACCUGAACCUGUUGGAAGAGAAAAGACAACAGAUUCUCUGGCAGAAUAAACAGCUAGAAAAAGAAAAUCAGUCUCUCAUCAUCAAAGUUACUUCUCUCCAGGAAGAGAACAUUAGAAACAGCAUGGAUACUGAUGGACUUCAAAAGAAGAUAUUGGAGCUGUCUAAAAAUGCGGCAGAACUUCAAAUACAAGUGCAUAUCUAUGAGACCACUGUGGUGAAUAAAGAGGCAAGCUUGAUCCAGAAAGAGCAGGACAUCAAAGAACUGAAGUUAACCAUUGUGGAGUGUUCCUCAAUAAUAGAGACUUUGCGGACAGAAAAGAAUAAACUACUGGAGAACAUGCAACACAUGCAGCAAGAGCUGAUCUCAAAUGGGUUGAAUUUCCCAUUGUUGUGCAAAUUGAACUGCAAUAUUCCUGAAGGGACGAAUUCACUGCAUUGUGAACUGGAACUUGCUCAGUCUUCCGAGAUUACCAAGACUGAACGGACAUCCCUGGAUGAAACACUGGACCGUGAAGUGCUGGUUUUACUUCAGGGACCUGAAUAUGGGGGAGAAAAAUUUAAGACUGUCAUGCGAAAUCUGCAAGAGGAAGCCUCUGAAGCAGAGGAGCUGAUAAUGGCUUCUUUACAGUGGGUAAAAGAUUCUGAUGUGAGCAUGCAACAUGUUUGGGAAAGAAAACUUGUGGUUCUCAAGCAAGAACUAGGAGAGAAAAGACACCUUUGGAUCCAGAAACUUCAUCUCUUGGAAAAAUAUAAAGAAUCCCUAGAUAAGGACUUUAUUCGAAUGGCAGCCAACCUGAGGAGAACCAAGACAGAGCAACUUCACCUAAGGAAAGAGCUCUCUGCCAGGCAACGCGAGAUAGAAACUGUCAAACAGUUACAAGAAGAAACUGCUGGCCAGGCAGAAGCCCUUGGUUUAGAGCUGCAAAAAGCUACAAAGCAGCUUGAGGAUGUCAGCAAACAGGCGAAGGAUCAAGUUGAAGCAUUUCACUCUGCUUGUGAGGAAGCCGCAUCCUUGAAAUGCAAGUUAGAGGAAGCCAUUUCUGAGCAGCAGAAACUCAAGGAUGUGAAUGAAGCUUUAACAAGCACUUGCCAGUUGCUUCAAGAAAAGGUGGAAGACCAGAAAACAACUGCUAAUGCGCUGAGAUGGGAACUGCUUCAAAGGAGACUCUGUGAGUUGCUGUGUCAGUGCUGUGCAGAGUUAGAUUCUGACUACAGUGUGCUGUCCUCGUCAACUGAGCUGGUAAAAAAGAAGCAGUUCCAUCGCUCUAAGUGGCAAUGGAGUGAAGGACCGACCUUGGGCACUGAACUUCCAAGGAUACUGCCCUUGGAUGUUUCAUACUGGCAUAGUACGCUUCUGCUAGAUGCUCUGAACUUGGAAACCUCAUGCGCAAAUAACCCUCCUGAGCACGGCUGGGAUCGGCCUUGUAGACAGAACUCUGACAGCUGUGUGUUUGAAAGCUGCCAUCCGGGACACAGGUCCACUUCAGAUGUGACAUCAGUAGGGCACAGGUGGAAAAUAUGCUCUGCUGGUAACUGUACUGAUGCAGACCUUCCUGUUUCCAUUACCAUGAUGGACUCUUCAGUUACUGAGAUUGACUGUGCAGAGCCACCACUACCAGCCAAUUUGAUCCCAUCCAGGAGUGAUUACUUAACUUCAGCCCAAGAAGUUCUUACGUCCUCUUUGGAAAGCACUGCACCAGUAACAGGCCACCUUGUUAUAGAGGAAAAAUCACUCAAGCGCUUGUGUGAAAAAGUGGAAGAUGUGCCAACUUCUGUAACAAUGGAGAAAAACAACAGUAAGGAUCCGGCUGGUCCUGUGCCAGGAGCAGAUCUGACCAAGAAGAAGGAAUUCUGCCCUGCAAUGGAAGAACACAAAACUGUUUUUCAAAAUGUUUUGAAGCAAGACCUGGAGGUGGGCCAGGAGAAGAAAAAUAACAAAGAGCAGAGUGAGGAAGCACCAGUUGUGGUUCCCAGUAGGAAAGGGAGUUCACCCACUGCAGGUGGCGUUAAAGGAGAUAAAACAAAGCAAAAUGAGUCUGACUCCCCUAAUGAGAAAGAAGUGGAGGCUGAAUUCCUGAGAUUGUCUUUAGGCUUUAAAUGUGACUUAUUUACCUUGGACAAGAGAGUGAGGCUUGAAGAAAGGUCCCGAGACUUGGCUGAAGAAAACUUGAAAAAGGAGAUCACAAAUGCUCUAAAGAUGUUAGAGGCUUUAGUUCCUUUGUGUGAAGAAGAUAAUCAAGCGCAGGAGAUCAUUAAGAAGUUGCAGAAAAGCUUGCACUUCCUCAGCCAGUAUGCAGCCCGAGUUGCCAGCAGGGCAGAGAUGUUGGGAGCUAUUAAUCAGGAGAGCCGCGUCAGCAAGGCUGUGGAAGUAAUGAUUCAACAUGUGGAAAACCUGAAGCGCAUGUAUGCAAAAGAACAUGCAGAACUUGAGGAGCUGAAACAGGUCCUUCUCCAGAAUGAGAGAUCCUUUAGUUCUCUUGGAGAGCGAGAUGAAUCUACAAAUAAAAAGCUACCAAAUCCUUUUAACUUCAAGCCAUCAUCCCUACGAAGAGUUAGCAUUGCAGCAUUGCCUAGGAGUGCUGGAAGUGCAGGUAUUGGGUUGACACUGGUAAGUAAAGGUUCUCAGGUGGUGAGGUGCUUGAUCUUCUCAAAACUGGCUGGGCUAAAGCAUGAAGUUGCCAAUGCAGUAAGUGUCCAACUUCUUCUCCAGGCCCAACUCCAUGAAUCUGAUGGAGAUGAACGGAGUGAUAGAUUCAACAGGAGAUCAAGCAGUUGGGGGCGAUUAGGAGCAAAGCAAAAUGAGAAGCGUCCUUCACUACAGCGGUUCAUUAGCACAUAUUCCUGGGCUGAGUAUGAAGACUUACAUUCUGAAACAAAGAAUGAGCAGUCGGAAUCACCUGUUGAAGCACAAGAACCAUCCAGGAAGGAAAGUGUCUCUGAAAACGGAAAACAUGCAUCAAAAUGGAACCUAGAGUCAGCGUGCAAUUUAAUGUCAUUGUGGGCAUCCCAUUUCAAGGCUUCCUUUUCCAACGCUAACAAAACUCUCUGGGUUUCUGUUUCUAUCCUGGUACUGCUCGCUGCUCUCACAAGCUUCCUCACUGGGCUGUCUCUUCAGAGACCAGCAGAUGCAGCACCUGUAGGCACCAGGGACUCCUGGACUUCACUACAGCAACUGUUGUGGCCAUACACAGGACUCCAACACAAUGGACCACCCCCAGUAUAACAAAGGUUCUGAUUUUUGUAGUUCCUAUUCCAAGUUCUGGAUGAAUGUGAGAAGCUGUGAUAGUAUAUUUAAGGAUACAUGGUUGGGUUUAUUUUGUUGGGUUGUGGAUGUUUUAGGGGUGAGAUCUAUUUUUUUUCUUUUUUCUUUUUUAAAAGCAUGACUUGAAAUUUAGAAACUUUUUUUUUCCUAUUCUGACAAGUGUCAUCUGUACAAGUACCUAAACUUUACAAGUUUCAGGUUUACAAUAAAAGUAAUUUUGAACGUAGCUAAUGAGAAAUAUGACAAUGUUCUAGCCACAAGAGAAUAAAGAACUUAUUUUGCUUUAACAAAAUUAAAAUGUUUGUAUUUUAGUCACUGAAGCUGUUCCAAUGAUUUGAAUAGGAAAGAAUUUGAGACUUGAAAUGUAACUUUAUUGAAAGCUUUUGCUAAUAAAGUUUUAAAGAGAAGCAGGCAGUACUUAAGAGUAUGUUAAAACUCUUGUAGCGAGGAGUAGCUGAUAUACAACAUCAGUGAACAGGAAGCUAGCUGUUUCCACUUUA